UUCCGGGGCGGAGCCGGGCAGGGCCGCGGCCGAGCCGAGUGGAGCGGAGCCGAGCGGGACCAUGAUGUCGCAGCGGGCCCUGCCGAACCCCUACGCGGACUAUGACAAGUCCUUGGCCACCAGCUACUUCGACGCGGCCGGGCGGCUGACCCCCGAAUUCACGCAGCGGCUGAAUAACAAAAUCAGGGAGCUGCUGCAGCAGAUGGAGAGGGGCCUCAAGUCCGCCGACCCGCAUGACUGCACCGCCUACACUGGCUGGACAGGCAUUGCUUUGCUGUAUUUGCACCUGUAUGAUGUGUAUGGAGACCCAGCCUACCUUCAGGUGGCCCAUGAGUAUGUGAAGAAGAGCCUGAGGUGCAUGACCAGGCGAUCCAUCACGUUCCUGUGUGGUGAUGCCGGGCCCCUGGCAGUGGCUGCUGUCAUCUACCACAAGCUGCAGAACCAGAAGCAGGCAGAGGACUGCAUCAUCCGUUUGCUCCACCUGCACAAGGCUGACCCACGAGUGCCAGAUGAGCUCCUCUAUGGGCGCAUGGGUUAUCUCUCUGCACUGCUCUUUGUGAAUAAGCACUUCGGAGAGGAAAAGAUCCCUCAAAGUCACAUUCAGCAGGUCUGUGAAGCAGUUGUAGCCUCAGGGGAGAGCUUAGCCAAAAAGAGGAACUUCACAGCAAAGAGCCCACUGAUGUUUGAGUGGUACCAGGAGUACUAUGUAGGAGCAGCCCAUGGUUUGGCUGGGAUUUACUAUUAUCUCAUGCAGCCUGGCUUUGGAGUGAGCCAAGUAAAGCUGCACAACACAGUCAAGCCCAGCGUGGACUAUGUGUGCCAGCUCAAGUUCCCAUCUGGGAAUUACCCUCCAUGUAUCGGUGACACCAGAGACCUGCUCGUCCACUGGUGCCAUGGAGCACCAGGUGUAAUCUACAUGCUUAUCCAGGCAUACAAGGUCUUUGGGGAGCAGCAGUACCUGAAUGAUGCCCUGCAGUGUGCAGAAGUGAUCUGGCAGCACGGGUUACUGAAGAAAGGCUACGGGCUGUGCCAUGGCACAGCUGGCAAUGCUUACGCCUUCCUGGCACUGUACAACCUCACCCAGAACAUGAAAUACCUCUACAGGGCCUGCAAGUUUGCAGAGUGGUGUUUAAGCUAUGGGCAGCAUGGGUGCCGGACUCCAGACACGCCGUUCUCUCUCUUUGAAGGAAUGGCUGGAACGAUUUACUUUCUUGCUGACCUGCUGGUGCCUACCAAGGCCAAGUUCCCUGCAUUUGAACUCUAAAUCUGGAUCCUGCUUGGCAGUUUGCUGCCCUGUAUCCUCCUGCACUUGGAAAUGCAGUUCAAGGCUGCUUUCUCCUUUUUCCAGACUCGUCAUUGUUCGCCUAACUGAACAUAAAUCCAUCCUCCUGAGGGCAUGCUGAGUUCUCUAACAUUUCUAGUUGUCUCAUUACAUUGUUUAGUUUAAAAAAUAGAAUGCAGAUUUUGCUGGUGUCGCUUAAAAACUCAGGGCUGCAGGUGGGAGCAGGGAGAACUGUACAGUAUUUUGUUGGCUACAGAGUUUUGCUAUUUCCUGUAUCCCAUUUCCUGGGAAGAAGUUUUCUAUUGAAUGUAACCUGGGCUAUUUAACUUCUUUUUGUGAUAACAAAUAGUUGCAGGAAUUUAGCUGCCUUUGGAGAACAGAUGGAAAACUGAGACUAUUGCCCUGGAA